UUUUAAAAACGUAAUAUAACUUAACAAUAUUUUGUUUCCUUUUCUAGAAGAUAUCGAAUUUGAAAUAAUGAAAUCUUAUUGGUUGGUGAACCUAGAGGUUCACCUUAGGGGGUGAACCCAAGAAUUACUCUUUAAUAAUAUAAUUCUAUCACAAGUUGGAAAAAUGUUGAACGAACUUUCCAUGCAACUUUGUCUAAAGUUUGGCUACCAAUUAGGCAAUUGCUUCAUUUUGCUUUUUUCAAGUUAUCACUUCUCGGUUUAUCUCUUGCCUUUUUCAUGACACAUAAAAGCAGUGAAGAUGAAAUUUGAUUAAUACUUCCUUAUUAUCAAUUUGGUAUGUUCUUCCUUCUUUAAAUAACUUUAGGUCUCUAAUUGUGUAAACAUGCCUCUUUGAGUUUCUUGCAAGUUCAAAUGUCCCAAACAAAAUGAUUUUGUUCAGAUAGAUUCAGUCUCCUAGUGAGAAAAUAAGAAAGCAAACCUUAACAUAUAUUUGGCUCGAGCCUUACUACUAUGUACGUAUGCAUGUUUCAACUUGAGUUUUAGGAUUCAGACGUAGAUUGACCACAUGGUUCUAUAAACCAGGCUGUGAUUAAUCCUCCAAAACAAAACAAUCACGGGUCCCACUCCCACAAAAAAAAAACCCUACAUACACAAUAAUACACACGUAACUUUCUCUCAAAGCAAAGAAUCUAAAGUUGCAAAACUUUUAAAAGAAAGCAUUCAACUUUGCUUCUCCCACUCCACUUACAUUCCCUGUGCUUCCUCAAGCCAAGAACAACCAUAGAGGUUUUCAAAAGCAUUCUCAGUUUCGGUUUCAACACAAAAAUGGAAACUUCUAGCAACUCCACCAACUCAUCGCUCUUUCAAUGGUUAGGUCUUAUAGAAGACUACGAUCAGCCUUCUACUUCCACCCUUCCUCAUGUCAUCACCCUUCUCGCCUCAGUUCUUACGAAGAUGAUUCAAAAGAACGAAAAGCCAUUCCACACAAGACGCAACAAGGACGAAGAGAUCACUAUGUUCCAUGGCUCAAGAUCACCCUCCAUGAACAUCCAACGUUACACAGAGAGAGUCCACAGGUACGCUCGGUGUAGCCCUGCGUGCUUCGUUGCAGCCUUUGUUUACAUCAUUAGGUAUCUAGAAAUACCAGUGGCUACAAGCACGACUCGUCGUCUCACGUCACUUAACGUUCACCGUCUUCUCAUCACCAGUCUCUUGGUCGCAGCAAAAUUCUUGGAUCGCAAGUGUUAUAAUAAUGCUUAUUAUGCGAAAAUUGGAGGAGUUAGCACUGAAGAGAUGAAUAGGCUAGAGAGAACGUUCUUGUUCGAUCUUGAUUUCAGAUUAAAUAUUACAGCGGAGAUGUUUGAGAAACACUGUCUCAUGUUGCAGAGACAAACGGUGCCUUGUGGUUCAAGAAGACUUAGAACCGCUCUUGAAGAGAUGACUUGUGGCUGCCAAGCGAUCUAACAAAGCCCAUAAGAUUU